AUGUCGCGAGGUCCCUCUGCAAAGAGAGACAUACCCCGUCCUGAUCCCACAGAUUGGACCGUAGGAAACGGAGGUUCCUGUACCGAAUCGAAGAUGUUCGAGGCUGAAAGUGUCAAGCCUGAAGUAACUGACAAUGAUCUUCCUGUUGGUGUUAAGCUAGAGGACGCAAUGAAUGAGGGGGACGGGAAUCCCCAAACCAAUGAAUCCGCUUCGAGGAGUGUAUCCUCUGAACUGGAACCUUCCCCGAAGCUUGAAGGAAAUUCAUCCGGGUCCCCCCCCGUAUCCUCACGGCCCAAGAACAAGAGCGAGCCACAGCUAAUACGCCAUCUCCCCCGCGCGGAACCCCAGGCCUUGCUCACAUUUGAAGAGAUUCCCCAAAAUCACUACCAGUAUGGCACUUUGGGUCGUUCGCGAGAGUCUCUCGAGAGCAUGACGUGCGACUGCCAGUAUGACCCAGGCAUGGAUGACCCUGACGACGCAUGCGGCCAUGGGUCAGACUGCAUCAACAGACUCACGCAGGUUGAAUGUCUUCCAGACGAUUGUCGCUGUCGCUCAUAUUGUCAAAAUCAACGCUUUCAGCGGAAAGAGUAUGCACCGAUUGAGAUAGUUCAGACGGAAAAGAAAGGUUUUGGAUUGCGUGCUGCUCAGGAUCUACACAAGGGCCAACCGUACUACAGGGAUGCAUUCAUAUAUGAAUACUUGGGCGAUGUGGUUAGCCAACCAUCUUUUCUCAAACGCAUGCGCCUAUAUGCAGAGGAGGGCAUCCGCCAUUUCUAUUUCAUGAUGCUGCAGAAGGACGAGUUUAUCGAUGCCACGAAACGAGGUGGAAUCGGUCGUUUCGCUAACCAUAGUUGUAACCCAAAUUGUUAUGUGGCGAAGUGGACAGUCGGCCACCACGUGCGAAUGGGCAUCUUUGCCAAUCGUGAUAUCAAGAAAGAUGAGGAGUUGACAUUCAACUAUAAUGUCGAUCGUUACGGACAUGACGCACAGCCUUGUUACUGUGGAGAAUCUAAUUGUGUUGGCUUUAUUGGCGGUAAAACACAGACUGACAUAGCGGCCAUGGAUGACCUCUAUCUGGACGCGCUCGGCAUAUCUGAAGAAGUUGCUGCACUUGGCCUCAAGGGUAACAAGAAGAAGAGGAGCAAGAAGCUCGACGAAGACUUCGUUCCCACCUUGAAGCCCAUCGCGGAUAAGGAUGUACCGAAAGUCGUUCAAGCUUUGCGACAGACGCAAAGUCGGAAAGUUCUUCUCAAAUUAUUGACGCGCAUCAAGCUGACAGAGAAUCUGUCGCCCCUUCGCCAAAUCAUGCGCUUAAGAGGGUUUAGUGCAAUGACCAAUAUCCUAGAAGAUAAUGCCGCCGACGUUGAGGUGUCCACGCUGGUUAUCGAAUGCAUGAUGACAUGGCCGCUCAUUCAACGGAACAAGGUGGAAGACUCCAAAGUGAAUAUUCCUGUACAAAUCUGUGCUCAGUCGGAUAAUCAGGGAUUGGCGGAGCUAGCUCAGAAGCUCCUCUCCCAGUGGGAGACGUUGGAGUAUGCCUACCGGAUACCCAAACGUUUGCAAGGGGACGAGGAUGAGGAUGAUGUUCCGAUGGUAGAACGCCCCCUGAGUCGUCUUAACGACCCACGCCCGACUAAGAAGGCUAAACCAGAGAGAAUUUUAACGUUCGAGUACGAGACGGCUAAGUUAGAACUUCGACCGCUGGGCUUCUCAAGAGAGAGGCGACCUCCUGUAUCGGCACCGCGCGAAGGGCUACCGCUACUCCCUUCGUCUGUUGUCGGGACAGGGUGGAAUACGGUGGAACCACGGGUUGUUACUCGAGAGCAGCAGCUUGCUGCCAUCAUUGCAAAGGCUGCUGCAGCCACUACACCUCCCGAGACUGUUCCUUUGGUGCAAGGUCAUGAUCAAUCUGUAGACGGCACGGAUCCAGAGUCGUCUCGGAAGAAGCCGUCGAAGAACAAGAAGCAAACCAAGGAGGAAAAAGAGGCAAAUAAAGAGAAGAGGCUACUGAAACUCGUAGGUGCAGUGGUCGUCAAGUGCAUGUCAAAGUAUCAACACCAAAUGGAUCACGACGUAUUCAAGAAGCAUGCCAAAGACUUGACACACAUCAUCGCUGAGAAAGAAAAAAAGUCUUCCACUUAUCAGGAGGGCAAACUCGAUUUGCUCUCUGAUGAGAAGGUAAUCAAGAUUAAAAAGUUUGCGAAAGAGUACAUCGCGAAAAUUCUUCGCAAGCUGGAGAAGGUCGGACAGCGACGGAUAUCAUCGUCCGCGGACAAGGGUGAUACAGCGAUGGUGACCUUAGCAUCAGGCUCCACAUCGACUCCUAACGAUGCAAGCCUCCCGGAUAUUUCGGCCGAAGACACGAUGGACUUAGAUGAUGAUUCCUUGGAGCAUGAUCUAUCGCCCCCCGACUCAGCGAGCCCGCCGGAAGCUCAUGAGACUCCAGAGGGACCGGAUCACACACGUAUUAUUCAUGUGGCAGAUCCUCGAUUGCGACAUCGGAAUGAGGAGUGUGGAUGGGAUCCAAACAACCAGGACAAGUUGAGCGUGCGGCAAGGAUUGAACACUGUAUCGGUAGGAUCAUAG